GUGAUGGGCUGAACCCGGAAGCCGCGGAAGGCGAUUGUUUCCUUGGCUACGCCACAGGAAAGCGAAGGUCCGGUCCUUUCCGUUUUCACGUCGGCGGCGCUGAGAGUGGCAGCGGCAGCCGCCGCCGCCGCCAGGGAGAGGGGCGAGCGGCAAGCAUGGGGCUGAGCCGGGCCUAGCGGGGCGGCGGGCAGCUGCUGCCAUGAGCGGAGCUGCCGGUGGUGAGGGGGGGAGCGGGGACCCCGCAGCCCGCUGGGGGAGAUGGAAGCUGUUGGCCCUGGGCCUUCUCUCCGCUUCCUCGGUGCUGGCAGCCGCCCCGGGCGCUGGAGCCAUGAGCAGGGAGGAAAAGCGCCGGCUCGGGAAUCAAGUGUUAGAAAUGUUUGAUCAUGCUUAUAGCAAUUACAUGGAUCAUGCCUACCCAGCUGAUGAACUCAUGCCUUUAACUUGCCGUGGACGGGUUCGGGGUCAGGAACCUAGUCGUGGGGAUGUGGACGAUGCCUUGGGAAAGUUUUCAUUGACACUGAUUGAUACCUUGGACACUCUUGUGGUGUUAAAUAAAACCAAAGAGUUUGAAGAUGCUGUAAAAAAUGUGAUAAAAGAUGUUAAUUUAGAUAAUGACAUAGUUGUAUCAGUUUUUGAAACUAACAUAAGAGUCCUUGGAGGUCUUUUAGGUGGGCACUCUGUGGCAAUUAUGCUGAAAGAAAAAGGUGAAUACAUGCAGUGGUACAGUGGUGAACUUCUGCACAUGGCAAAACAAUUGGGCUACAAACUUUUACCUGCUUUUAACACGACUAGUGGUCUCCCUUAUCCAAGAGUUAAUUUAAAAUUUGGUUUAAGAAGUCCAGAAGCUCGAACAGGAACAGAGACUGAUACUUGUACGGCUUGUGCAGGUACCUUGAUACUUGAGUUUGCUGCUCUAAGCCGAUUCACAGGAACAUCAAUAUUUGAGGAAUAUGCACGGAAGGCGCUUGAUUUUCUUUGGGAAAAAAGACAACGCAACAGUAAUUUAGUGGGAGUUACUAUUAAUAUACAUACUGGAGACUGGGUCCGCAAAGAUAGUGGAGUUGGAGCAGGAAUAGACUCGUAUUAUGAAUAUUUAUUAAAAGCCUAUGUCUUGCUUGGAGAUGACCGUUUCCUGGAAAGAUUUAACACACACUAUGAUGCCAUAAUGAGGUACAUUAGUCAACCACCUCUUCUGCUUGAUGUUCAUAUUCACAAACCAAUGCUAAAUGCUCGGACCUGGAUGGACUCUUUGCUUGCGUUCUUCCCAGGCUUGCAGGUAUUGAAAGGUGACAUUAGACCUGCUAUCGAAACUCAUGAGAUGUUAUAUCAGGUGAUAAAAAAGCAUAACUUUCUUCCUGAGGCUUUCACAACAGACUUCAGGGUUCAUUGGGCUCAGCACCCUUUAAGACCAGAAUUUGCAGAAAGCACCUAUUUCUUGUAUAAAGCUACUGGGGACCCUUACUACCUAGAAGUAGGAAAAACGCUCAUUGAAAAUUUAAACAAAUAUGCUAGAGUACCCUGUGGAUUUGCUGCAAUGAAGGAUGUUCGUACUGGAAGUCAUGAGGACAGAAUGGACUCUUUCUUCCUGGCUGAGAUGUUUAAAUACCUUUACCUGCUCUUUGCUGAUAAGGAAGACAUGAUUUUUGAUAUAGAAGAUUAUAUCUUCACUACAGAGGCUCAUCUGUUACCUCUUUGGCUCUCUACUACAAACCAAACAAUGUCUAAGAAAAAUACAACAACAGAAUACACGGAGCUGGAUGACAGUAACUUUGAGUGGACAUGUCCGAACACCCAGAUUCUCUUCCCAAAUGACCCUAUGUAUGCUCAGAGUAUCCGUGAACCUUUGAAAAAUGUGGUGGAUAAGAGCUGUCCUAGGGGCGUUGCCAGAGUAGAAGAGAGUUUUGGGAGUGGACCAAAACCGCCCCUGAGAGCCAGGGAUUUCAUGGCCAGUAACCCUGAGCAUUUGGAGAUACUGAAGAAGAUGGGAGUCAGUUUGAUUCACCUCAAAGAUGGAAGAGUACAAUUAGUGCAGCACGCAAUUCAAGCAGCAAGUUCACUUGAUGCUGAAGAUGGUUUGCGAUUCAUGCAGGAAAUGAUUGAACUAUCCAGUCAGCAACAAAAAGAGCAGCAGCUACCCCCACGUGCUGUUCAAAUUGUUUCCCACCCAUUCUUUGGCAGGGUAGUAUUGACAGCUGGGCCAGCACAAUUUGGAAUGGACCUAUCCAAACACAGCGUAGGGACAAGAGGAUUUGUUGCAACCAGUAAACCUUACAAUGGAUGCUCGGAGAUCACUAAUCCUGAAUCAGUGAAGGAGAAAAUUGCUUUGAUGCAGAGAGGCCAGUGCAUGUUUGCUGAAAAGGCACGAAACAUCCAAAAAGCUGGAGCAAUAGGGGGCAUUGUUAUUGAUGACAAUGAGGGAAGCAGCAGCGACACUGCUCCUUUAUUCCAAAUGGCUGGUGAUGGAAAGAAUACAGACGAUAUCAAAAUCCCCAUGCUCUUCCUGUUCAGCAAAGAAGGAAAUAUUAUACUUGAUGCAAUCCGAGAAUACGAGGCUGUAGAAGUGCUUCUUUCUGAUAAAGCAAAAGACAGAGCAACAAUAUUUAAAGGUAAAAUGAUUCCAAACUACAUUAUUGAUAGCAAUCUGGAAAUGGAAAACAUGGACCAGAAGUCAUCUGAAAAUGAUUCACAUAAGCAGAGACCAGAAACGACUUCAGCAUCUGAGGACCUCAGCUUGGUCAGUCAAGAGCCUGAAGGAGAAGAAAGUUCUGAUGUUACUCACCUCGAUUCAUUAUCUCCUGCUGAUGCAGACAGUGAUAGCAUUUCCAUUUCAAACCAGGAGUCCUGUAUCACAGAAAUCCAUGAGGCUAUUGUUCAAGAGACAGAAAGUACAGAAUUAGAUAACAAGCCUCGGGAACAAUCUCAGACUGAGAGAGAUUCCAGCUCCAAUGUUAAUUGGGAUAAUAGAGUACAGCCUAUGGAAUCCAUAUUAGCAGAUUGGAAUGAAGAUAUAGAAGCAUUUGAAAUGAUGGAAAAGGAUGAACUAUGACUUCUAAUAACUUAUUUGUGGAUAAACAAAAUGGUGAAUUUGUUGGGUAAAAGUGAGGCCCUAAUAUCUAAGAAUUAGAAAUUGUUCAGUAUUGUGAUGAGCAACCAGGUUUCACCUGGAUAAUAGAAACCCAGCAUGUGUUAUAAUUUAUAUGGUUUUAAUUUUUCCUGUUUUGAAAUGGGAAUGUGCAAUUGAACUGUUUGUAUGGCUCUGUUGCAUGGUGCUGUAAUACAGAAGGUUUCAUUCAGGGAAUUAAUCAGAUUUCUGCAUUCCAGGCUUCUGGAGAGCAGAUUGCCUUGGCCUCUAGAAAGGUAGAAGUUGAAUGUAAUGGGAUUAAUACACCACUUGUUGGCUGGUUAUGGCACUUGAAGGCAAUAGUCAGAGGCUAUUCUAGUUGAAGGUUCAGUUUCACUGAUAAAGGCCUUUAUGGAGAGAAAUAGGUGCAACUGUGAGACAUUUCCAGCUGUAAUGUCUUUAAAACACAGCUAGAAACAGCUCAAUUUGUCCUGACAUUUAUAUCUUAAUAAGAUAUAGCAGUGUUGCUCAUCACUCCUUCCAUCUGUUUUGAAGAAUGUCCAAGAUGACCUGGAUUUUUCCUCUUCUGCUCUUAUUUCAACUAGAGGCUGUAUAAACCAAAGGUAAUGUGCUGUAUUAGGAAGCUCUCUUAGGAAAAUUAAGAAAGCUUUGCUAACUAGAGGAGUAGUACAUAAAGGUUCACAGUGAUUAUGAAGAUUGUUACUUGAAUUAAGGUAAAUUGGGCAAAACAUGUUUUAAUACAAUUUUUCCUUUUUGGCCUUCCAUGCUUAAAGCUAUCAAGCUUAAAACUACCCUAAUAUACAGAAUUUAGCAUUAUUAUUCUCUGAAAAUUGAAAUUCUCAUCUGUUGAGUAUCUAUGACAAUUUCUGUUUUCUCUACAAGAUCUAUAUCUGUCAGCCUUAAAUUUGUAACAUUUUGGGCAAGAAAGCCAGUAUCAAUAGUGAAGUACAACUGUUUACCUUUAGCUGUUGGGUCCAUAAUUCAAAAUUUAGUGAUGUGAAGUCAAAGAAUAAUUGAUAUACUUCGUGGCAUCUGGGUUUUUUUUUUUUUUGGUUUUUUUUUUAAAUACAGGUAAGCCUGGUUCCUAAUUUAUCAUGUUUUCGGAAGUAUCCUCUAAUUAAACCACAAAUCUGUUUAAGCAAACAAGAAGCAGUUAGCUUAACUGUGUCCAAAUUAAAACUGCCAAAAAUCUAUUUUAAGUUGAUAUAUAGACACAGGUUUUAGUUAAUUAUGGUUCAAUUCAGUAUUUAAUUAAUCUGUUUUUUCCUUUUCAAAGAGAGACUUAACACUGCCUAUAUCACGCACCAGACUAAAACUGAAAGUUUUUAUAUUUAUAUAUAAUCUUUAUAAUGGCAGACAGAUGUAUCCCUGUCUGAAGUGCACCUUUCAUUUUACUGGUGAGAUUAAAAUGUGCCGAAUAUGCAAAUGUCAAUCAGUACAGCCAUACUGUAUUGUACUUGUGUAUAUUUAUCUACGGUUUCAAGUCCCAGACAAAUGUUGUAUACAUGUAAUCUGACAGUGACACUUGCUCUCAAGAGUAUCAAAAUGCACAAGUACCUUUGAGAGCAUGUUAGUCAAUCAUAAUACUACACAGAAAUUGAAUGACAAUUUAACUGAAUAGAGAUGUAGUUAACUUUGAGAUAGUGAAGCAGUAGGGAACUAGUGAAUAAGUGUCCUUUUAAAAUGUAGUUUUAAUUUCUUUGCACAAAUAACUAUGGAGGUUUGGGCUUAAUAUAUUGGUACAGCGCUGAAGCUUAAUACUUCAUCAUUUUAGACUGAGGGAUUGAUUUUAAAGGAUGGGAUUAUUCCUCAAAAUCUUUGAAGUGUCCUUUGUAACAGGUGCCCAGCUCAUGCAAUUGAGGCAUGCCUGGUAUGGCCACAGAAUCCAGUGUGUGUUUUUCUGGGCAACAGAUGAUAUGGCUGCAAGUGACCAGUUGCACCAUACGGUGGUGUAGUUCAGAAAUCUUAACUCUAAAAAGGAGUUAGAUAUUUCCAAAUGUCAGAAUCUGGUGCCACUAAUGAGGGUUUUUAUUCUAACUCUACUGGAUGUAGGCUACACUAAUAAAAGCUGCACAGGUUCUGUGGUUAUAUUCUCUGAUCUCACCAUGGAAGUACCUUCGUUUAGGUAUUUUUAAGGAUUGUAUGUAAAGUGGUUUUCUGGUCAUUACAUUAGCAAAAGGUUUGUCAAAUUAAAUUUUUAAUAUGACAGCUAAAGUUUUCAGUUCCUUCCUGCAGAAAGUGAUUUAGUUGUUAAUGCUAAAAUUUGUCUUUAGAAACGUUAUUAGAAGUUGAUGCUCUAAUUCUCCCUGUCACCACAAGGUAAUCAUUUAUGACUGACUAACCUUACAUUAAGUGUAAGCACCAACACAACAGUUCUGACACAGGCACAUUCCAUCCUCUGAAGUGAGGGAUUGUUAAGAGAAUCCCUUGAUAUAAUUUUUGAAGCAUCUAUUGUGUGGUGGUCUACCUCAGAUAAAUGUUGUCCCUUUUUUUGAGAUUAGUUUAACUUUAACUUUACCUUUUUUAAGCGAUUAUGAUGGCCAUAGAUCCAUGGUUUACAGAACUGAUUCAGGUAAAGUAGACCUUUUGGGGAAAAAAGGAUAAAUUAGGGGACAAUUUUAUUCAGGUUUUUUCACUGUCUUUUUCCUAAUAAAGAUGGAAAUAGACUUUAGUUUUAACCUCUUCAUAUCACUCUAAAAAUACAAUAAAAGUUUCUGUAACAUGUUAAUGCCAUUUUAAAAAGCAAAAGGAAUGUGUGAUUGAACAGAAGAUAAUUUUGGAGAGGAGUAGAGUGUACUUUGCAAAUUUUUAAAAACUUCUAUUGUGCUUAGAGAAUAUUCCUCUUGCAUCACUAAGUCAAUAUCAUGUGUAUAUUUCCCUGCUCUAUUUGGUUAACUAGAACACUGAAGAGUUUGAAUUACAUUAGGGAAUAAGAAUUCUAAAGUCUCCAAUUUAAUAUUUCCUUUGAUGUUAAAGGAAUAUUCUCUAUUUACACUUACUGUUUCAUAAUGAAGUUUUAAAAUAAACUGAGCAUUGUUUCUCCUCCUCCUCCCACCGUGGUUUUAGCUGAAGGCUUAGCUUUAGUCAGUGAAACAGUGUGUGGCAAGAUUGUAGUGAAUGUUAACAGGACACCUUAUGCAAAGGCUUCAGUCAGAACAUAAAAAAAACAUUCUGUGAAUGAAAUAUUGUAUGUUUGGAUUUUAUAGGAUUUUUUACCAGCCCAAUUUACAUCCAUAUAUUUUCUUAUGAUGUAACUUAUGAAAUAUCUAAUAACAGGUGCUGUAAUACUACUGUUGGGUUUUACUGUCUGGUGAUAAGUGUAUACAAUAUUUCUAAGAGCAACUGUGUACUGUGAUGUAAAAGUCUGGGCUAAAAUGUAUAUAAUCCUUGUAUAUAAUUGAGUACUGGAUUAUAAUUGCUGAUUGUAAAGAUUUAAUAAAAUAUGUAAAUAUUCUGGUCAAA